GAGAGAGAGAGAGAGAAACAACAUUAACCGAAAAGAAGCUUUAAAGAAGAACUUUCUUUUCCCCCUGAAACAGGAACCAAAGUUCUUUACUUGCUUUUAAACGACGACUAAAAUCAGUGACGACUAAAAAUGAAGCCAAUGAGCAUCGUGUGCGCCGUUAUCGUCAUCAUCGCGUGCAUCUGCAUCUCCCAGAGUGCAGCUGUGCCCUUCUCUGAGGUCCGACUGGAGGAGCGAGUAGAAACUCAAGCAGCCCAGAGUCUCGAUCAGAGUGAUACUGCAUCAUUGGCGAAGGAGACAGGCCCUGAGGUGCUGUUCAGGGCAAAGCGUCAGAGUCACCUCUCCAUGUGCCGAUACUGCUGCAACUGCUGCAAGAAUAAAGGCUGUGGUUACUGCUGCAGGUUCUAAUAAUGGGGACCAUGAGCAAGUUUCCUCAGACAUGGGAUGGGACGUUAACUUAUUUAUCCUGCUGGACUGAUCUUUUUUCUCUGUAAUGUUGAAAUUCUUCUGCUUGGACUGAAUGAACCACCUGCUGAAUGGCUCCAACACUAGGAGCGAAUAUGCUGAUAUGUUAUUUUCUACACACUGCGUUAAUAUGCCAUGAGACUCUUUUUUGUAGGAAUUUUACCCAGAAACUACUUUAAGCUUACUAGCUAUACUAUUAGCUUUAUGCAGCUGCAUUGUAAAGGAACAUAGACAGCUUUUUUAUCUUUUGAAUUUUCAGGAAAAGGCUCCAAAAACCGCCUGUCUAUUUUCGGCCUGUCUACUUUUGUUGUUCGACACUGCCAACUUACGGUUAAUACCAAUUUUGCCAAGCAUCAGAUAAGUUUGUCACAAACUUAAUCAUGUGAUGUUCAUGUAUAACAAACCAGCUGACAAGUUAAUUUGUCUAGUGUAAAAAUAUAACUUUAUCUUGGACUUAUUUCUAUACUUAGCUAGCUAGCCCAUCUUUUUGUGCUAAGAAUAGAAAUAAGUCUAAUGAUUGAUAAAAGGAAAUAACAGUGAUGUCCCCUGAUUGGAGAUAAAUUUGAGAUUGAGUUUUUAUUUAAAUUCGCCCUUGUUGACCUAGGGAUGUUUUCCAGGAUGUGUGUGUUUUUUAUUACAGUUUGAUGCAGAAAACAUAAGUUAAUUAAAGAAAACUUUAACUUAGCUACGGAUUUGUAAGUAGUUAAGUAUAUUUUUACAUAUUGCCUAAGCAAAUGCCUACUGUAAAUAUGUCAAAUUUUGAUCAUUAUACUGUAGAUGUUUUUUUUAAACAAG